CGGCGGCACUGGGCAUGCUCAGAGGCGGCCGCGGGGGCAGGUUUGCUUCGCAGGCGCUCGCACUCGGCGGCAGGCGGGCGCGCGGCUGCAGCUGGAGCUCCAGCGCCCGGAGUUGGAGUUGCCGGGAGUUUCCCCCCCCUCAACCCCUCCCUCUUGGCGCGCGGCAGCGGGAGCCGGCGCGGGAGCCGCGAGCGGCGGCGAGCCAGCGCCCGGGCCGGCCGAGCCUUGUCCGGAGCCCGGAGCCCCGUGCGGGGCAGCCCCCGGGGAGGAGCCUCGCCGGCUGGGACGCGUGCCGCACACUGGCACUGCCCCGGCACUAGCCGGGCUGCACGAAAACUCACUGUGUGCCCUCUUCAGUUGUUCUACAAUGAGUGCCAAGUCUGCCAUCAGCAAGGAAAUUUUUGCACCUCUUGAUGAAAGAAUGCUGGGAGCUGUCCAAGUCAAGAGGAGGACAAAGAAGAAGAUUCCUUUCUUGGCAACCGGGGGUCAAGGAGAAUAUUUAACAUAUAUCUGCCUGUCAGUGACCAAUAAGAAACCCACCCAGGCAUCCAUCACGAAGGUCAAACAGUUUGAAGGCUCCACGUCGUUCGUGCGGAGGUCCCAGUGGAUGCUCGAGCAGCUUCGCCAGGUUAAUGGCAUCGAUCCUAAUCGGGAUUCUGCAGAGUUUGACUUGUUGUUUGAAAAUGCAUUUGACCAGUGGGUAGCCAGCACAGCCUCUGAAAAGUGCACCUUCUUCCAGAUCCUCCACCACACCUGCCAGAGGUACCUCACGGACAGGAAGCCGGAGUUCAUUAACUGCCAGUCCAAAAUCAUGGGAGGAAACAGCAUCCUCCAUUCGGCGGCCGACAGCGUGACCAGCGCCGUACAGAAAGCCAGCCAGGCCUUGAACGAGCGCGGGGAGCGGUUAGGCCGAGCAGAGGAGAAGACGGAAGACAUGAAGAACAGCGCCCAGCAGUUCGCGGAGACUGCACACAAGCUUGCCAUGAAGCACAAGUGUUGAGAUACUCCCUAUCGCAGCAAUGACCCUCUCGAGAGAAAUGGAAGAGUUUGCUCAGCAGUUUUUACAAGAAUUCCGGACCUCUGCUUUUUUUUUUUUUUUCUCCAGUAUAUGGACAUUUAGGUUUUUUUGCUUUUCCUUUUCAGACGUUAAUAUGAAAGAAAAGACGUAGUGUUUAUACAUUUCACUAAGGAUUGUGCUAAGAAAUGCUGCAGUGGCAUCAGCUUCGUUUGGUUUUUUUAUUUUCUUUAACUGUAUAGACAUAAGUCUUCAUAUGUGUCUUCUCUAAUUUUUUUUUUCAGUAGUUUGGAUAUGGAAUUUGGACCAAAUGUUGUGCUGAGCUGGGUCUAAACUGGCAACAUAUUGUUGUCUUUUUUUCGUGAUAUUAAACCAGAGAGGCGCCUGGCUGGCUCAGUCAGUAGAGGACACCAUUUUUGAUCUUGGGGUCGUGAGUUCAAGCCCCACUUUGGGUGUAGAGAUUUACUUUGAAAAAAAAAAAAAAAAUGUGAUAUUAAGCCAGAAGACCUUUUCAUGUGGUGACAUCAGAUGUUCUUGUUCCUGGUUGGAAAUCAAGCAGUGACUUUGUCACUUUGUCAUUGCUUCUCUCAGUCUCCAAGCCACUCUUAAUUUGAAGGUUAAGAUUCCGUAUCUUGAAACACCAGUCUGUAUUAUGGCAAACAAUUGAAUUUAUCAGGGGAAACAGCAGUCUUAGAUUUUGCUUUUUAUGUCAUAAUCUUUUGCAUGAGCCAUCACCAGCAUUCCAAAAAAAAAAAAAAAAUCAGAAUGACA